AUGGAGUCAGACGAUCCCGUCUGCAUCCAGCGAAUGUCUCUAGGCCCAAGUGGUGCAGCACAUAUUCGCGAUCGAGUCGAGUCGGUGAAGCUGAACUCGCGAUCGAAGGCCGCAGGCGCUAAAGAGCUGAUGACGACUAUUACGCAAGACCUCCUGGAGACACACCUCGAUGAGGCCAUGGAUCUUUUUCGCCAAGAUCAACGGGAACGAGCGUAUCAGGAGAUCUACCCUAGCCAAAUGAUUAAGCCUGCUAGAUCCCGUAAAAGAUUUACAUCCGAUGUGGAGAUGGAAUCGUUGCAUUCGCGCAUCAGUCAACCAAAGGUUUUCGACCCUGACGACAUUGAUCCCGAUGAUUUGGGACAAGAAGAUCGUUUACACGCUGUGGUAGCUACGACCGAGACGUUGCAAGAUGGUGAUAGCAUACAUCAACGCAUUCGAGUGUCGGCGAUAACAGAGCUGAAAGAAUUCAGUGGCAAGGAUCGAGAUGAAGAUCGGGCCAGAAGCUGGAUCAGCAAGGUCAAAUCGGCCUUCUUGCGCGAUCAAUCACCCGAUGAGGAGAAGUGUUUAGUGUUCGGAGAUCUGCUGACAGACCCGCUUAAAACCGGUAUAACCAACUAA